AUGCUGCCUGUCUCACAGCACAACGCAUCGGAUCUAACCGUUAGAUCUGGCUACGCGUAUCUUUUAUCCGAUCCAAGCCAUGUACGAGUUACCCGCCGCGCAUCGCGAAACUCCCUAUACUUGGUCCAUCUGUUUCAGAUCAACAAUUCACACGCCUGUGUGGUACCGCAGACCAUGGGUUUCGGUCUGAGUGCGGAGCCAUGGGCUGAGAACGACCUUCCCAGCGGCAGGGACGAGAUCCUGAACGGGGGCCUCCAGAUGGCGAGCGACGUGCUGAAGAACUGGAAAAGGGGCAAACUGUACAAGUUCAAGAACCCUAACGGCGAGGACUUCCAGGUCCAGACGUUCCACACAUACCACGGGUCCGAGUACUGGCUGAGCCGCCAGUCCAAACACACGAUCGACGAAGCGCUGUACGAGAAAAUGGUGUACUACCUCAACGGCAGCGAGAGAACCAAGACGGGGGAAUGGGCCAUGCCCGACAGAACGCGGCGGUCCAGACUGGAAAAAGAGUACAUCGAAGUGCUGAGCGACUGCGAGAUCCUGAAGGUCACCGACUCCGGCUGGGCGCUCGUCAAUCUCGAGUACAAUCUCGGGAAACCGCUCUCGAUACGAGACUUCAACGAGUGGGUGUACCCGAUCGCACCGUAUGUCGACGAGACAGGCCGCGAAGUCUCAUUGAUAGUCUCCUUAAAUGCGCAAGUACCGAUGAAGCAAAGCUCGGUCGAGAAAAACCACACCGCGGCGUACUACGCCAGCGUCGAGCGGCUCGCCUACGACCGCGACACCGGUGAGCUGGAAUGGCUCAUGUGUACCACCAGCGACGCUGGCGGCAAUGUACCCAAAUGGAUGCAGAACGCGACCAUCGCCAAGACAGUCGCCAAGGACGUCCCCUACCUGUUCAAUUUCUUAAACACUAAACAAACCUAA